AUGGUGACGGGAAGCGGUGGAGCAAAACGGAAUGCAGGAAAUAGAACUUUACUUGAUUUUAAUUUUGUUAAAAAGAAGAAGAUCAUGGAAGAAUCAGAAGAUAUUUACCAAAGUGACGAGCAAUGUGCUUUGAAGUCUCAUGUAAGCCCUCAAUGCGGUGACGGAAUAGAAUCUGAGAAUCGAAUGAGACUUACCUAUGGAGACAGACUCAGUCCUGUUUAUGGUAAUCCAAAUCCUGGGAAAAGAGUUCAUGUUCAUGGCACAUCAAGUAAUAGAGGAUCAACAUUUCAAGCUUCCCAAAAUGAGUUGCUAUCUUCAGUUCAGACAAGUAUUUUCCAGUUUGAUCCAACAAUGAGAGAUUCAAGGUUGGAGUUACUGAGCAUGCCAGCUGCUACUCAUUUUGAGUAUUUUGUUUUUCAGGUAAUUGAUUCUAAAAAGAAGAACUUCCAUCAUGAGGGUGACUCUGGGUUUUUGAGGCAGCAGGGUGCAAUCAAUAAUGUGAAUUAUGGAAGUACAAGAAAAACAUUGGGAACCAGACGAGGUCCAAGUCAUCAGUUUAUUCCUCCAGUUUUGAAUCGUGGUGUUGAUGCUGAUGGCUUGCAAAGGGAUGCUUCUAGCUCUGGCUUUCCAAAUUAUAGUGGGAAGAUUCAAAGUGUGAAAGCUGUUAGCAAUGACUCAGAAGUUGAUGAGAGACUGAAAAACAUUGAGCCAAAGAUGGUAGAACUUAUAACGAAUGAGAUUAUGGAUCAUGGUCCCCAAUUAUCAUGGGAUGAUAUUGCAGGGCUUGAAUUUGCCAAGAAUGUUAUCAAAGAGAUUGUUGUGUGGCCAAUGUUAAGACCUGACAUUUUCAAGGGUUUGCGUGGUCCUCCAAAGGGGAUCUUAUUAUUUGGGCCUCCAGGAACUGGAAAAACAUUAAUUGGGAAGUGUAUAGCCAGCCAGUCAAAGGCCACUUUCUUCAGUAUAAGUGCAUCAUCUCUUACGUCAAAAUGGGUUGGUGAAGGUGAAAAGAUGGUGCGUGCAUUGUUUGCUGUUGCAAGAUGCCACCUGCCUGCUGUGGUUUUUAUUGAUGAGAUCGACUCACUUCUGUCUCAAAGAACUGAUGGCGAACAUGAUGCCUCACGGAGAAUCAAAACUGAAUUUCUGGUGCAACUGGCAAGUCAUGGUGUUCUGUCAGUUACAGAUUGCAGACGACCACCACCGAGGGAACAAAGAAUGGAAUUCAGUGGAAUUCAGUGGUCACAGCUGGAGGACUUAGGCUUUGCCGAUGACCUGGCCCUUCUUUCACAUAACCAUGAACAGAUGCAAAGCAAGACCACUAGACUGGCAGCAGCAUCAAAAGGAAUAGGACAGAAGAUCAAUAGGGGUAAAUCAAAGUUCAUGAGGAUCAACACCAUCAAAGAAAAUCCAGUCACAGUGGAAGGAGAGCGGUUAGAAACGAAAAGCCUAAGGUCAAUUUCGCUACGAGGAGUUGUUGAUGGCCUAUACUCCACCUGGAACGAUGGGCCUAAGCCUCAAGAGAUUGAUGAAGCUGCUAGACGUAGACUUGUGAAGAGACUGUACAUUCCCCUUCCUGAUGCUGGUGCACGGGAGCAAAUCAUGUGCAGUCUUUUGUCACAACAGAAGUGCAGCCUGUCCCAGCAAAAUAUGAUUAAAAUAGUUCAACGAACACACGGUUAUUCAGGCUCAGACAUGGCAAACCUUUGUCGAGAAGCUGCUCUUGGACCUAUAAGAAGUAUUACUGAUAUUCAAUGUAUUGAUGCUGACCAGGUAUCAUAAUUUUAUGGAUGCAAUAUAUUUGUGGUCUCAAUGUCACAUGCACCUCCCCUUGCUUGUUGUCAUAUUGAAUUCAAUGUUUCUUUACAUGCUAUUUCUGGCUCUUGAGAGAUCGUGAGGAACAGCUAAUAAAAGAGUGAUUCCUCAUUAAACUUGUAAGUUAAUUGAAGGUCAAAAAUGGUAAAAUUUAGAGGUAUUCAAAUCAGGUAAGUCUCAAAGGAGUGCUAUUGUUUUCGCUAUUGUUUAAUUAAACAAAGAACUGUAUGCAUAAUAAAUGUAUGGGGUUAUAUGGAAAUCUUUCCAUGUUUUCUUUUCAGUUCUGUAUGUUUUUAUUUCUAGCUUCGUAUGUAUUCAUGUUAUCUUUCCAUUUUCAUUCGAGUCAGUUUAUCGUCCGUUACCCCUGUAACAUUUUUGGUUCCCUGAACCUCGCCUUUCCAGCAUUUGGUAAGCCGUUUUAGUUCAUCGUUUUUUUGUAUUUUCUUUUAGUUUUCUGCUCUUUUCGGUCAUUUAUUUUGUAGUAAUUCAUUAUUACAAAAUGAAUUAUUUAGAUUUGAAAUAGAUUUAGAUUGAAAUAGACUUAUUUACACAACUACUAACAUCACGGCCGUCGGCGUUGUGAAACUGGCCGAUAUCCUGCACAAAACUGCAGAGUAACUUCAGUCUACGCUUUCCCUUACUUUAAUCGGAAUAAAUACACUCCUUUGUAUUUUCUGAAGUGAUGUAGCAAUUUUCGAAAUUUAUAAACACACAAAAUGGCUUAGCAUGAGCUAUUAAAUAUACAAACAUCAGGGUUAACAUAGAAUAUUUAAUUUAGAAGCGUAGUCCCGAUGAGAUGCUUAUCAGAUAACGCGUGUGACAAAUACAUUCGCUUUAAGGUAGCUCAAUCGGAGUUUUGAGUAACAAUACCGAUCAACUUUGAGUGACUAGACCAGCACCAUUAUCAAUCCAAACGAAAAUCGAACGUCACUAGUGUGCUAGAGAAAGAUGAAAGUUUCAAAUAGGAUAUAUUUCAGCAAGAUCUGAGUUACCAUAGCAACGAAAUUACACCAUACCCCAUUUUACAUAAGACCGAAUAACUUGCCACCAGGGAUAUUUUUGGAACACAACGUCAGGAUCUCGAACUUGACAUAGAUGGCUUAAUGAUGGCAAAAUUUUAAAAAAAUCUAUAGGAGCGUUUUCGAGAAAAUUACGAGUGAAGUUUCAAGGUGUCAAAAUACAGCAAAAACAAAGCUGUUUUAAAUGUUAUUGCCAAUUAUGUCCACAAGACUUGACUAAAUGGUAUUCUGGUCUUAAAAUGAAUCUUAAAACAUAUCAUUACCUCAAGUGAAAUUCUCGGAGAAAUCGCUCCGGUUGACUUUCAGAAACUAUGGCUUGAAUAUCAACUGGUGUAGGCUGUUGUUUUGCUUUUUAUCAAAAAUUGCCCCUAAAAUUCUUAAAUUGGGCGGGAAUUAAAAACCACUCGAAUUUUUUUUAAAACUUGGCUCUCAGUGAGAUUAAUCCAUAUUCAACAUAAUACCGGAGUUUCAAAUAAAUUGAAACAUUUUAAGGCUGCUAAUUUUCAGCGUCAACUAAGGAAAAUAUUGCGCUGAUUUUCACUCAUGUUGUUUGUUGUCUUCAUUAUAAUUUUCUUUUGUCUCGAAUCACCAUGCUAUUAUACAUUUCUGUACAUCACGAACUCAUAAAAUGCACGAUUACUUUCCGGUGAUUUUCCGAAGCAUGCUAAAAUAUCCCGAGCUAGCACUACAACAACAAUAAAAUAUAUGUCUUGUUUAUGUUUAUGUUAAACAUCAGAACAAGACAUGCAGCAUAGGGAUUUUCAGCUUGCGCUCACCGCUUACCCUCGGCGUGGCUGCGUUAAAGUGAGAUGAGAGAAAGUGUGACAUAUUUUAUUGUUGUUGUAGUGCUAUCUCCGCAAAUUUUAGCAUGCCUUGAGCAUGCCUCGAGCACGCCUCACCCUGGUGCAAGUGUGAUUUACAUUGUAUUAAAUGAAACCAAGCAUAUUCUCUUGUUAAAACGAAGUGAAGAAUAAAGCGAGAUAAAUCAAGAAAAAAACAAUAGUAAGGGAGGCAAAAUGAAAUGUUUCCUCUUAUUAUUGACAUCUUCUAGUUGUUUGUUUUUUAGAGCAAUUUGCUUGAGUGAGUCAGUUCUCUCCAACCUUUUUGUUGUGUUUUUAUAUGAACACUGACUUACAAAUGUACACAAUGUUUGCUGAAAAUAGCACCACACUCAAUUUCAGGGAAUCAUUUUUCAAACAUUUUCCCAAUGGGAGGGGGCGAACCCCUCCGUACUCUCCCCAAACGAUGCGCAGUGCGCAUCAUGCCCAGCCGCUCCGCAGCAAGUUUUGACUAAACCUUUGCCACCUAGUUUUUGGAGUGAACCUGCUACUCAAAAACCAAAAAAAAAACCUGGGACUCCGUUAUUGAUGUUGUUAUGUAUUUAAAAAGCAAAACAUCUUGACACUACGUAUACAAGUUCACUUGAAAUGUGUAAACAGUGCCGAGCUCAGUGAGUUAAAACUCUGUCUCACAUAAGACAAGGCCCAAAAUGCUGCACAAAAUAGGGUUAAAUUGAGAGAUUGUUGUUGUGUUAUGUCCCACAGGGAUUAAAACCUAAAUAAAUAAUUAUUAUUAGAGGAUAUUAAUAUUAAGUAAGUAAACAGUAUUCUGCCAUAAAUUUCCCGCUUAAAAUUUAUAACGACUUGGCCACCUUCCCACUUGUAGCAAUUCAACUCCCAGGUACUGACAUUUAAUAACAACACUCCAACUGAAUGGAAUAAAACUAAGCAUAAGACACAAGUACGCCUUGCGGACCUAUUUUUUGGUUAAUUAGUAGUUGGCAUCAAAACACCUCAAGUGUUGCACCUAAAUAGGUUUAAUGAGUAUUUUUUGUGUUCGAGAGAACACAGUUCUUAUCGGGUAAUGGGGAAAAAUCGAGUGUAUCUUUCUUUCUAUGGACACCAAUUUGCCCCCCACCCCCACCCCCCCAAAAAAAUUUAGGGGCGAAUGAUGUCGUCUCCUUGUUCGUUAUGUGCUUUCUUUCGAGAGUUGUGCAGUAUUGCAGACUUUCGAGUGUCGAGGCAGCUCACUGUGGACCGCAGCGAAUAAGUUGUUUAUUUAAAGUUUGAAGUUAGUUCGUAAACAAAAUGAUUAAUAAAUUGUCCUAGUUUUGGGAAUCGAACGAACCGAUCAUAUCCAAACUAUUAUAUGUCGAAUAGGAAGUGCGAAACGAUCAAGCAGAUAUUUAUAAAUGACAAGUCUAAGUCUUUACGCUGGGCUCAGAGACAUUUGUAACACUGAGAUCUUUUUUUAGGUCGACUGCCGGUCACAGUUUUGAUCAUUCAAUAUGACCGACAAUACUAUUGACAAUUUUAGGACAUCGCACGAACCGAUCAUAACCAUAAACCACGAGUUUGUGACAGCAUGACAAUUUAAUUUUCAUUCAAGUGAGUUUCAUAUGUAUAUUAAUUUUGAUGUACAUGGAUUCUCUGACACAGAUACAUAUACCGUAUCUGCGAGGGAACAUCGAUCCACAAACGUCUCUGAACCGAGAGUUUUACUUGAGAUCUAUAAAAAUCUGCUUGAUCGCUUCGCACUUCUUAUCCGACAUAUACUAGUUUGGAUAUGAUCGGUUUGUUCAAUUCCCUAGUCUCGGACUGCCGGUCACUCAGUGCUUUGAAAACCCACGGUGAAAACCGUGACCGUCAGCCGACCUAAGUGUCAAAAACCAUGGUCUCACUCUCCCAAGCGUAUUAAAACCAAGCGUUAGACUUGUGAUCUGUAAAGCUUUCUUGAUCACUUGACAGUUCCUAAUUGGCAUAUCAUACUUUGAAUUGGGUCGGUUCCUUCUAUUCCUUAAAUUUGAGAAAAAUAUGAGACUACCAGUCAUAAUUUUGAAAACUUUGACUGCUGCCGAUCAUUUAGCCACAGUGUAAUAAUAUUGUCCCAACGAGCGCUCACAACUGUGUUAUACAGAGUUUCAACACGAUAAACUAGUAAUAAUCAUCGAUUAGCUGAGUGCGUUCGAGUCAGUACAAUUAAAAGCAUUGGAUACUGCCAGGAUAAUUAUAUUGUCACACCACAUUCCUGCUUUUGACAUUUGCUGUGUGUAAUUUUGGCCAGUAUCAUCCACCAUACUCUGAACAUAAUGUUCUGUACUCAUUCCAGCCAUGCGAAUUUGCAAGUUCAAAUCUGCAGUUUUAUAGGGCUGAUAUCAAACAGACUUACAGAAAACAAUCACCACCACCGCUACCACAAACAUCCUACGGAAUUUAAGGCUUUCACUUAGGCAACCCCAGGCUGUCUCCAUUAAAGUGCCUAUGAAGUAAAAAAUUAAUUGCUGCUUAUUUGAAAGGCUUUUCAAAGUGAAGAAGAAUGGCGUUUCCCUUUUUGGAAUAUCCUUUUUUCAUUCUAGAGAUAUUUCCGUUUUUGGAUUAUGCAAAUGAAGAAAGUGAUGACGUCAUAGGUGGUUCCACUUAAACGGCAAAACACUGAAUCAA